AUACAGAGCAAUUACUAUUAAUUAAAUUAGAUAAAUAGUUUAGGAAGAAUAGAAGCAGUGACGUCGGUUGAGUGCGGCGGAGCUUCCUCUCGCGACUUCCUUCCCCUUCCCUUCAGCACUUCUACAUACUCCGUCCUUUAUUAACACCACCAGACCUUUAACUGUUUUGUGACGUAGCCCAGUCUCCGAGGUAAUACGCCUCUUAUCCGAUCAACAAAUACCCCCGUUGAGUGUCCUACUCGAGCGAUUCCUCCCAGCUUUAGCGUCCUUUCUCUAUAAAUAAUAAUCAUGUUUUUUGAUGGAUAUGGUUACCAUGGAACAUCAUUCGAGCAAACAUAUCGGUGUUAUCCUGCAUCUUUUAUUGAUAAGCCUCAGAUAGAAAAUGGUGACAAAAUUAUAAUGCCUCCAUCUGCCCUUGAUCGCCUUGCAUCACUGCAUAUUGAGUAUCCAAUGCUGUUUGAGCUUCGCAAUUGUGCAACAGAGAGGCUUUCUCAUUGCGGUGUUUUAGAGUUCAUUGCAGAAGAAGGGAUGAUAUAUAUGCCAUAUUGGAUGAUGGAAAAUUUGUUGUUGCAAGAAGGAGAUAUUGUACGAGUGAAAAAUGUUGCUCUUCCCAAGGGUACAUAUGUGAAGCUGCAACCACACACAAAAGAUUUCCUGGAUAUUUCCAACCCAAAGGCUAUCUUAGAGACAACAAUGAGGAACUUCUCUUGCUUAACCACGGGAGAUAGUAUAAUGAUGGCCUAUAACAACAAAAAGUAUUACAUAGAUAUCAUUGAAACAAAGCCAGCUAGUGCUAUAAGUGUCAUUGAAACGGACUGUGAAGUUGACUUCGCUCCCCCUCUUGAUUAUAAGGAACCUGAAAGACCCGUUUCUUCUCAUCCAAACAAAUCCCCUUCUGAAGGUGAAGAGAGUCCAGUCGAGGCUAUACCCAAGUUCAACCCUUUUACAGGUGCAGGAAGGCGUUUGGAUGGGAAAUCUUUGAAGUAUGACCCUCCACCCAUUUCCCCUUCUGGAGUCAAGCCCCAUGCAUCCAAAACCCUUGGCCAAUCUUCUUCUGCCGCAUCAAGCCCACAAAGUACAAAUAGUCAAUCUCAAGGGAAGCUUGUGUUUGGAUCAAAUGUGAACCGUAACCGCGAGCCUCAAAAGCUGGAACCUGCCAAAGAAGAACCACAAAAGAAAGAAGAGCCAAAGUUUGAACCUUUCACAGGGAAAAAAUACUCCUUGAGGGGUUGAUUGUAAUUAUGUCCAAGUCAAAUCCUGCAUCUGUAAAAGCGCCAAAGUUGUGAAUUAUAUAGAGCUGUGGAUGUGGACAUUUUGAGCAUAUUUUCUGUGCAUUGUGGUUUAACUGAAUGAAAUUCCUCAGAUGCUUUCAUGCUUUCACUCCUACAAAUCGGUCUCUUAUUUUCCACAAGUCACAGCGUAACUACUAAUUCUAC